AUGAGUAUUCAUCUCAUCUUGACUGUCGCCGCAGUCUUCGGUCGCUAUUUUGUGAUUAGAGCGUUUCACAAAUUUUAUAGUCUUCGAACUGCUUCCAACGUUAUUCUGGUGAGUUUGUCAACCGCUGACGGUUUACUGGCGAUUCCUUUGAUUUUCGGCAUCGUGCAAAUGAGUCUUAGACUGUUAAACGACUCUGAUGCUGAGUGUCGCUCCGGUCCUCUUGGAAAAAUAACCUCAACAUCCAGCUUCUUUCUCAUCUCCGUCAUAAUUCUUCACCUCGCGUUGAUAAGCGUAGAACGUUUAAUCGCCGUGAAGUUCGCCUUAAGAUACCACACCAUAGUGACCAAUCCUCGAGCAUUGAUCGUUGCCUUGGCGAUGUGGUCUUUUGCCGCGACCGUUACGGUUACGAUAACUUUUGCAACGACACUUGUAGCAAACAGUGGAGAUAUUGAACGGUUUCGCCAAGCGAUGGAUCCACACUGUAAAAACCCUGAAGAUCCUUUGGAUCACGAUCUUAAUCCGUUAAUCAAAGGGCUUCUCAUCUUUCUAGUAAUGUUUUUGCUAGUCAUCCCCUUGGUAAUCAUUUUGUGUUCAUAUGGCUACAUCUUUAUCGUCUCCUACAAACAAAGGAAAAAUAUAAGAGGACAAAACAACAUUCCAGGAAUGGCUACCGCCAUCAAGCACGAAAUGAAAGGCGCCAGUACUCUUGCUAUUGUUGUAGCCGUCUGCCUUCUCAGUAUCGUCCCACUGAUAAUCGUCACAGGCCUUCGGUUUUUCGGCGAACUUCCCGAACGUUGCGACCCAAAGAGAAAGUUAAUUAAGUUUAUUGUUUUUGACUUAGCAACAGGCUUAAACACCAUCUGUAAUCCUCUUGUCUACGGAUGGAGAAAUGCAAAAUUCAGAACGGAAACUGCUGAAGUGCUCUCAAAACGCGAAGUUGUGCACCGUCGGAAGCUGGGAUUAAAGAGCCUGCUGUUUUAAAUGGAGAAUUUGCCACCAGAAAAAAAUUACUCGAAUGGGGUCGAACAUUUUCCAGACUUUAGGAGCAAGUUCUGGCAAUAGGGAUUUUGGGAAGAAAAAUGGGAAGAAAAAAAAACUGCUGCGACAUAUUUAAUGCCUUUUUUUAAACAGUUAACACAUGCAUGAUCAGCUUUCAUUAUAUCCAUGCGAAAUUUACAUUGAUCCAAUUUAUCCAAAAGUGACUAGGAUGAGUCCAUCGUUUGCCACAAAAUAAACUAUAAUGGACUAGAAGUUCUGAGAAGCAAGCUUCACAUACCCAGCAAAAGUUGACCCAAGUUUAUCCCCGGGUCUUAAAUAAAAUGCUUUUACUCGAAAAUCCGGCUGAAAUUCAUCUCGGUUUUUAUAAACUAAAUCUCAAGGUUAAGGAAACUUUUGGGCAAUGAUAAGGAGCGUUCUAUUCAGUACAUUGUGGAAGUAAGAUAAAGACGAACUACAAAAAAUUUCUCAGAACUUAUGCCAGACUGCAUGCAGUUUUUCAAAAAGAAGUGAUGUUAUUUACAAAAGAGGUGAUGGUCGAUCCAAGUUGAUGGAGCUCUUAUCCAUAUCAGCAAAUACAGUGUGCCGAACACAUUGUUAACACAAAAUCUAAUCAUCGGAUUAUCUUUCUUUUCCUAGAAAAGAAACUUAGUAAAUAAAUAAAUAAAAACGAAUACCAAAAACUGUAAGGAAAAAACGGUAUUGAUACAGCUCCUCAGGAUACAGUAAAACAAAAAUUAUCUGCGGUAAACGAGCGAUGCACAAAAUAGAUACCAGUUCUCGACCGAGAAGAACUAUCACAUGAGAUCGAGGUCGAAUGAACCAGGCAGCCAGUCCAAGAUUUCGUCCAAACCGUGAAAUCAUAUGGCAUCCAGGACGAUACCUACCCGAAUCCCGCGGGAAAAGAAACACGACUCUAAUAGUAUGCGGUCACCUAAUUCCUCAAACGGGAAAUAAACACUUUUCCAGUUACGCAGAAUGAUAUACUAAUUUUAAGCACCUUCUGUACUCUUCAAACAGAUCGCCGCUGAGCUAUCUAAGAGUUCUAUUUUUGUCUCUGUAAAAUAUCUUUAUUAAAGGAACUGCCCGUGGGUUCUGAAAUUCGAAAAAGAAAAGUGGCAAACUAAGUUUUGCAACCAUAUUUGGGUGUUUGCCAAUUUUUCCUGUUUGGUCGCCUCUUUUCUUUACAUGAACACCUGUUGAAAUGUGGACGUUCUUUAUUGUAUCUAUUCCGCUCCAAACGUCUUCCGCUCUUUAAUAAGUUUAAUUUCUUAUAACUGUCGCCAGAAAGUGUGAAUUCAAUUUAUUUCUCCUUUCGAAUUCAUUAUUUUCCUACAUAAUGGUUUACGCGUGUCAAUUAAUUUUUAAUAACACAGCAUCAUAAAGUUAGAAAUGAAAACUGACGUUUCCUAGUCGCUUGAUUAAUGGCUCAAAAACGAAGGUGUCGAGCCAGUCUGUCUACUUCCUUGAACAAAAACAAUUUCUGUUCAGCUGACAGCUGAGAGUGCAUAUUAGAAUUUAAAACGGCUAUUUUAAGCCGAAACUUAUCCACAGUCGCAAAGAAACAGGACCCAUGCAUUUUUUAUGCGUGAAGCCGGUUCCGAUGUUGAUAUUAAUAACUGACUUGAUAGUCUCUUAAAUGAUAAUAAUAAUGAUAAUAAUAAUAAUGAUAAGAUUAAUAAUAAUAAUAAUAAUAACAAUAACAAUAAUAAUAAUAACAAUAAUAAUAAAAACAAUAAUAAUAUUAAUAAUAAUAAUAAUUAUUAUUUUAGUAAUAAUCAGUAAUAAUAAUAUUAAUUCAAAGGAGUAUUUAGGAGACGUUUUUAGACCUGCUAAAAAGCUCGCACUUCGUACAUGUUCGGUUGUUCCUUGUAUUUUAAACUCAGUAAGACGCACUUACUAGUUUAUGAAACUUUCAAAGCCUGCUGUUACAACUAAUUUUUAUUAAGAGUGCCACAGUUGUUUUGUUUUUCUUUCUAGGCCAAAUAUAAGGUUCUUUUUUAUGAAUUAUAAGUUGACUCUGUACAAAUUCAAUUCACCGUUGAACGCAGUCAGGUGUUUAGUAUAAAUUAAGAACACUGCGUGAUAACUAGUUUAUUUGCUCAACUCUAUACUAUGCAAUUUUGACAUCCUAUUUACUUUCUUAAUGGAUUCUCAAUGAAUUAGCGAGGACAUUUAGAGUUUGACGUUGUAGAAAGCAGUAAUUAAGACAGUUACCCAAGGUUAACCUGUAUAUUAUAUGGACAAGCAUGUUUAUUUGGUUUUUGGUUAAUAGAAAUGGUUUAAUUCUACCUUUAUUGCAGUUGCGGGGUAUUUUGUUUUGACGCUAUUAAAACAAAAGGAACAUCAUCAAUAGUAGUUAUCGUUAUCUAAUAUCCUUUGAUCAUAUACAGAGUUGGGUUCACCUGGCCAUGGCUGAAUAUUUGUAUAGUUUGAUUAUGAUACGAAACGGAACAACAGUGGUAUGAGUAAGUGUUCCGAAAACGAUAGAUAACAUAGGUGGCACAAUUUUCCUCCCGCAAUGCCGAAGAAUUGCUCGCCUGGCGAUGCCUCACAGAAUUGGAUAUUUAUUCUAAAGUUGAACGUUUGUGGGAUUAUCACAGUCGCUGCCGUCCUCGGCAGCUAUUUCGUGCUAAGAGCGUUUCACAAAUUUCGCAACUUGCGAACUGCUUCCAACAACAUUUUGGUGAGUUUGUCUAUCGCCGACGGCUUAAUAGCGAUUCCUUUGAUUCUUGAUAUCAUUUUGUAUAAUGUUGGAAAUCGUUCACUUUUUUUGUAA